AUGUUUACAAAAAUUUUAUACAAAUUUUCUUCAAGUCCUCUACUUACAAUUUCAUUGAUAGGUAGAUCAUCAGUUGGUAAAUCAUCACUCUUUAAUAAAUUGUAAACAGGAGAGAAUGUAGCUAUAACAUCAAACUAAAAGAAUAUUACUAGAGAUAGAAAAGAAGUAAAAUUAAACAAAUAUUAAUUGAGGCUAUAUCUGAAAUCUUUCCACUUCCUAUCCGAUUUGUUGAUACUGCAGGAAUAGAGAAUGUAGCCUUAAAGAAGAUUCUAAAUCCAUUAUAAUAGAAGAUGUUAAUGCAAACUAUCAAUGCUAUAGAGUAUUCUGAUAUUGCUUUAUUUGUUGUUGAUGCCAAAGCUGGUUUAACUAAUAUUGAUCAUUAAAUUGCAAGAUGGUUAAAAAAAACUCUAUCUUUAACAACACCUGAUCCCAAAUUAGUAAAUGAAUUGAAAGAAUUAGAAAUCAAAACUAAUCUCAAAAAAGCUAUAUUAGUAGCUAAUAAAUGUGAAAAUGAUGCAAUAUUUGAAACUGACAUUGAUUCUUAACUUAAAAGAAUGGGUCUUGGAAAUCCUAUUUAUGUUUCAGCUGUUGAUGGAACAGGAUUCUAAGAUCUCCUUACUAAAAUCUCUGAAAAUAUACCUAAAACUGUUCAUGAAGAGUAUUAAGAAAGGAAAUAAAAAAGGAAGGAAAAAUAUAAAGAAAUUAAGGAUAAAUGUAGAGCAGAAAUGGAAGAAGUAAUUAAAGAAUAAUCAAUCGAAUUUGAUAUGAAAAUUUGGGUAAUUCUAAAUUAUUAAUUAAUAGGAAAAAGAAUUUGAUUUAGCUAAUCCUAAUCCAGAAGACAAUAGUGAUUUGGAUGAUGAAAAUAUAGCUAAUCCAUUAUAUACUAAAUCCCCUAUCUAAGAAAAGCAAGGAGUUUCAAAAGAAAAUCUGUAACUAAGAAAUCCUAUUAUGCUUUCUAUUAUGGGUAGAUAAAAUGUUGGAAAAUCUAGUUUAGUUAAUACUUUAUUAGGAGGUAUAAAUGAUUUUAAUUAAAUUAUAACAGAAGAUAGAGUUAUUGCUGAUCCUACUCCUGGAACAACCAGAGAUCCUAUAUCUACAUAUUGGGUUUAUAAAGGAUAAAAAAUAUAAUUAGUAGAUACUGCAGGAAUUGAACCUAAACCAAAAAUUUAAACUGAUCUAGAUUUAUAAAUACUUGCUAAAACAAGAUCUACUUUGAGAUUUUCUAAUGUUGUUGUUCUAUUAAUUGAUUCAUUAGGAGCUUUUAGAGAAGUGGAUUUAGAACUUGCUUAAGAAAUUGUUAAAUAAGGUAGAGGAUUAAUAAUUGCAGUAAAUAAAUGGGAUAUUGUUGAUAAUGAUUUUAAAGCAAAAAUAGUUAAAUAUUUAAAAGGAUAAUUAGAAAGAAAUCUUGGAGAAGUUCCUAAUUGUAAAUUAAUUACAAUAAGUGCUGAAAAAAAGAUUAAUAUAGAUCAAUUAAUGGAUUAAGUUAUUUAAGUUUAUGACAAAUGGAAUACUAGAGUAUUCUAAUUAUUUAAUAUUUUAGAUAUCAACUGGUCUAUUAAAUGAUUGGUUAAAUAAAUUUAAAAAGAUUUAAAGUUUACCCUCUGAAGAUGGUGAUAAAUUAAAAAUUAGAUUCAUCGCUUAAAUAAAAGUAAGACCACCAACUUUUGCAUUAUUUAUUAAUUAAGGCUCUUUGUUUAAAAGUAUAUAUAUUUAUAACUAAAUUUUAGCUAGUUAUUUAAAGUUCUUGAGAAAAAAGUUAAGUGAGGAAUUUGAUAUUUCAGGAGUACCUAUUAGAUUGGUUUUAAGAGAUAUAGCAUAUGCUAAAGAAAAAAAGACCUUGGAAAAAGAUAAUGAAAUGACAGUAGCAGAUCUUUUAUUAAAAAGAAGGAGAAUUGCUAGAUUAGCAAAAUAGAAGUUAGAAAAACUUAAAUAGAAAUCUCAAACAAAUAAAUAGUGA